AUAGGAGCCAUUCCUCCGAUUCGAUUCGGCGAUGGAAAGUGAGGGGCCCGAGCCCGAUCGCAAGGAAUUCAUCGUGCUGGUGUACACCAUCCUGGCGGCCCUGCUAGCGUCGACCGGUUUGGCAGUUGGCAUCACGAAGCAGUGCUUGCUCUUGGCGCCCUUGAGCGCACGGAGCAAGCCGCGAGCUGAGGAGGAUGCAGCCUGCCGCAUUUGCCAUGAGCAAGGAGAGCUGGAGGUCUUCUGUGACUGCAAAGGCAGCCUGGCGCUGGUCCACGAGCAGUGCCUGCAGCGCUGGCGCGAGCGCAGCGGAGACAGAUGCGAGCUGUGCCGGGGCUACUACUCGGUGCAGGAGGAUUGGUGCACGGCGCUGGUGCGCUGCUUGCGACGAGGUUGGGAUCAAGUACGGGUUUCCAGCGGCAACGGCAUUCUACGGCGCGUGGCAUUCUACGGGCUCACGGCCGGCUGCGUUUGGACCUGGCUGAUCUUCACCCACCACUGCCCCGCGGACCCGUCCCUGCGGGAUGUGCUGCUGAGCUGCACGGGGGAGGCCUCCGCCGGCGGCUGGGCGCGCGCGGCGCUGGGCGCCGCGGGCAUCGGCCUCAGCGUGCGUGGCCUCGCCUUCGUGUCCAGCUCCUUGUGACCGAAAAAAACG